AAAAUACGCAAGCGCUUGUCGAUAUAAACUCGAACCUAAUUCUUCUCUUUUUAAACUUGCCAUUUUGGCAUAUUGUAAACGCAUUAUUUAAUAUUGCUUAAUCUUUGAAGAAAAGGAACAGUAUUUGAAGCCAACAACAAUGGCUAAAUUCGAUUUAACAUCUAAAAUGGGCCAAUAUUUAGACCGGCACUUAGUUUUUCCAUUACUGGAAUUUCUGUCCGCAAAAGGUAUUUACAAUGAAACCGAACUCUUAAAAGCCAAAUUGGACAUAUUGAGCAAAACCAACAUGAUAGAUUACGCUAUCGACAUACGGAAGCAAUUGUAUCCUGACGAAGAAAUACCGGACGAUUUAAAGCAAAGGAGAAAUCACGUCGUGUCCCAACUGCAGGAAUUGCAACAGGAGGUUGAACCGAUACUUACGGUUAUUACCGAUGAAGAAGUUAUGAAAAAUAUGGAGAGCAUGAGGGAUUCGAAGACGUUGAUUAAUUUUUUGUCGAAAGAUUACAAGUUUGAAAUCGAAAUGAUCGACAGUCUGCAUAAACUAGCCAAGUAUCGAUACGAGUGCGGUAAUUAUUCAGUCUCCACCUCUUAUUUGUAUUUCUGUUUGUUGGUGCUGCCGCCUAACGAUAAGAAUUACCUAAGCGUUUUGUGGGGAAAGUUUGCUUCUGAAAUAUUGUACCAGAAUUGGGAUUCUGCGUUAGAAGAUUUGAACAAAUUGCGGGAGUACAUCGAUUCGAAUCCUAAUCAGUUCUCCGGUAAUAGUUUACACUUGUUGCAGCAAAGAACUUGGUUGAUUCACUGGUCUCUGUUUGUAUUCUUUAAUCACGCCAUGGGGCGAGAAUUGAUUAUCGAAAUGUUCCUGUAUAAACCGCAUUACUUGAACGCCAUUCAAACAAUGUGCCCUCACAUUUUGAGAUAUUUGGCAACUGCUGUAAUUAUAAAUAGAGGCAGAAGAUCUGCUCUAAAAGAUUUGGUGAAAGUCAUCCAACAAGAAAGUUACACCUACAGGGAUCCCAUAACCGAGUUUUUGGAGCACCUCUACGUGAAUUUCGACUUUGACGGCGCGCGCCAGAAGCUCCACGAAUGCCAGACGGUGUUGUUGAACGACUUCUUUCUCAUAUCGUGCCUGGACGAGUUCGUGGAGAACGCCCGUCUGAUGAUUUUCGAGACGUUCUGCCGCAUCCACCAGUGCAUCAGCAUCAGCAUGUUGGCCGAGAAGUUGAACAUGAAUCCCGACGAGGCCGAAUGCUGGAUCGUGAAUUUGAUCAGAAACGCCAGGUUGGAUGCCAAAAUCGACUCGAAAUUGGGGCACGUCGUCAUGGGAGCGCAGCCUCUGUCUCCCUAUCAACAGCUCAUUGAGAAAAUCGAUUCGCUUUCAGUAAGAUCGGAGACGCUUUGCGGGCUUAUUGAUAGAAAAUUGAGAGCGAAAACGGAUACAAGGUGGGUGAAUCAGGAUUUUUAAUUUCUUAUUAAUUAUUUUAUACUUAGAAUUCGUAAUAAAAUAAUUAAAUACGAAAUGAAC